CGUCAUCGAAAUCACGAGCCGAAAAACGUUGAGUGAUCAAUGAGUUCGCCGGUACUCAUUGAAAUGAUCUCUCUAAUUACAUCUCAGUGAAAGAUAAUCGAAAGACGUGUGCAAUGGACGUGGGAGAAGUCCGUGUCGCGGACGACCGCGAUUUCGAGCAGCUGAAACGGCUGACGGACAAGCAUGAAGGGUGGAAAGUUGAGUACAGCAAGCGGCAGACGACCGUUUGGACGAGACCAACGGAACAGACAGCUUUCAAAAUGAUUAAGCUUCAUACGACGUAUAAAGAUCUGACAGCUGGUUUAUUGUUCGAUGUCAUGAUGGAUCCUGGCUAUCGCAAAAAGUGGGACGUGUACAUGUUGGAGAGCUACGACAUAGGAUGUCUGAAUCCCAACAACGACAUUGGAUAUUACGCAGUUCGCUCCCCUCCUCCUUUGCGGAAUCGUGAUUUUGUUCUGCAGCGGUCGUGGCUGGAAACAAAGAAAGAAAUCCUCGUGCUCAAUCAUUCCGUGUUUCAUGAGUCUGCACCUCCACGCAGGGGCUUCGUCCGAGCGACGUCCUAUUUAACGGGCUUCGUCAUACGGCCGUCCGCAGAUGGUCGUGGCUGCCAUUUUACUUACGUGACACAAUGUGAUCCGAAAGGCACCUUGCCUGCGUGGUUUGUCAACAAGCUCACACAGAUCUUUGCUCCAAAGAUGGCAAAACGAGUGGGGGUGGCUUGUCAAGGCUACGCCUCGUGGAAAGCCAAAAACAACCCAAACGUUAAGCCCUGGCUUUUCCCGGAGCAAGCCACCUUGCCCAAGUUGGACCUAGCCCGCUGUUGUUCAGUAACUGACGACCAAGAAGAGCUGGACUUGGACGAAAGCUCCGUCGCAGAAGACAGCUUCAACGGAUCCACGGACUUUCUCGAGCUCGAUGCUGCUCAGAAAUAGCUGCAUGCUCGUGCCAAGCCUCGGCCAAAAAAUUUUCAGUCUUAAGUGCUGCUGUCUUGUCCUUCGGAUAACUAAAGACCAAAGAUUAAGCUAAGGGACAAGUUUACGUAACGGUGUUACUUUGCGACCCAAUGGUCAUGGAUACUUUUAAUUGACAUGUGAUAGCGGUGCCAGGAUCGUUGGUUCUAAACCAGGGUUCCACAAAACCUACAGAUCCAGAUCAUCACAGUCUCAUCCAGACGACCCGAAGCUGGUAAUCCUAAUCAAGAUGAUCCGGAUCACCGUAGUCCUGAUACGAAAAAGAAAUUGCUGUUCAUGUUACAGUUACAAACUGACAAGAAGGAAGCAUUUGUGUGCCACAAGUUUCUUGACGUACCUUGUAGCCGCCCUAUCCUAAGAGGUACUCUCACGCGUGUUAAUGACUUGGCUUGGUUAAGUUACUGCUAAGUAAUGAGUAUUUGACUUGGUUAAGUCAAAUCUCAGGGGUCUCAUCGACCCUAGGGACGCUUGAUUUGUCUCCCAUCAAAGUUUCCAUCCAUCCAAAAUUAUUUCUGUGUCCUAUUCUUUGACUCGCAUGACAAGUGCAGAAAGUAUCUUAUUAUUUUUUUUAUUAAUGGUAUGGCCUUGGCUUUCUCAUGGGUGUUUUAAUAGGUUCCUACCGGUGCUAGUGCACUUCGUUGUAGCCCAGGGAAAUUUUAAAUUGCACAUUAUGCGCAGGCAUUUGCUUUUAUUUUUCUCAAUAUUUAAGUCUUGUUUCAGUCACCAGUUUUCUUUCUGUUUUCUUUUUUGCACUUCGCAUGUGUAGUCCUCGGAGUGCUAGUCUGCACUACUAGUAUAACGUGGCAUUUCACAGCUUUGUUUCUCUUUUUAGUUAGUUAAAUUUUUGUUUUUUAAAGUCUCCUUGUGCGUUAUAGUUUAGCAGAAAGACUACUGCCAAAGAUAUCUCUGCCCGGUUGUGAGGUAACACUACUUCGAGUUAUGUUUCUUUUCUUAAACACUUUUAUUGUUCACUUGCACAUGCACUUCAAUGCUUGCUCUUUGUAAAAGUUAGCCACUUGUUGAUAGUGUACGCCAAAGAAUCGGGUUUUCGGUCACGUCAGACAUCACUUUGUCGGUGUGUUUCUGGUUCUGAUGACGGAUGCUUGUCAUUGUUCACGGUUUUAUUGCUGUGUUCCCUGCAUGCACGCAGUGAACCACGUUGCUAAUUACUACUAUAUAGUCACUCUAGUCUCUACUUACUACUAGCUCAUGAAACACAAAAGCACAAACUGCAUAAACAUGCCUUUAACUGCUUCUUUCUACACCCGUUUGAUUUUAUGAGACCAAUCCGGAUCUGCGUUGAUCCGGAACCUUCUUCGAGAUAACUCCAAAAAUAGAUCAACUUAAGGAGACAGGCCUAUAUCAAGCUUCAGCAGCUGAACCUGCCUUUGGCCUGCUAAUCCUAGCACCAAAAGAUAACAUAUCGCCAUUGCAACGUAUGCUAUUACCCUGUACGCAGUAAUGAGGGCAUGACAUAUGUAGUGGGCUACGACCGAAUGAGUUCUCGUGCAGGUAAAAGAUCCGCAAAAUGUUUUGAGAAAGUUACGUAGCUAUGUGUUUCCUGUACAUUAUGCCUGUACAGUCCUCGGUGGGAGGCCCUGCGUUAACGGGAAGUGUCUUUAAACCACUGAUAUCACUUCGAAAACAGGGUAUGACCUGUACAAUCCCAGUUACACAUUCCAUGUCCAUGUCCAUGUUUUGACAAACCGUGGCACUUCUAUGCUGCUUUGAAUCCGUUUGUGUUAAAGCUUUGCCGCUUUAUAUGCCGAGCAAAAAAGCGCAUCUGCUUCGGAAUGCAGACACGUUCGGUGCAUGCUCUAAGCCGUUUUAUUACUGCAGAGAAAAACCUUAUCUGAUAGCAUCAUAGAGGGGCAGACUUGCAUCAUCUUUGUGCAAAGCAUAUUACUUGCAGUUGGCAACACUGAAUUGUCAUUGUAGGACCUUUGUACAAAAUGGCAGAAUAAAAGGUCCUCUUUGCUGAUCACUGCAUCGUGCAAGACAGUGGUGUAGCCAGGGGAGCAGCCUAGAGUUCAAUCCCCCAUGCCCCACUCCGAAAUUGUACCUUUAGUACUGCAUUUGAGAGAGGGUGAAAUCCCAUUCCCCAUGUAAAGUUCAUGUAGCACCCCUCCCAAUACAUUUUUCUGGCUACGCUAUCAGUGCAAGCACCUUAGCUUUGCUGUGUGACUCUGGUGUGUAUUUAACAGAUGCAGUCACCAGUUUGUUUUGGCACAAUCUUACAGUCUAAACACCACGGAGCAAAAAAGACUGCGUAUGCAAUAUCGUGUUCAUUUAAAUUCACGGUUGGCUUUGAAUUCAGCGUCUGACUCCGGAGAACAUUUUCCUCCCCAGAACUAGACCCAUCAGAAAUCAUCUUAUGCAAUCUCAUAUAAUGACGAUUAUAUAACAUGUCUCUGAAUGCCUGGCAGUGUCCUACACUGUCAAGCAAAUCAAACAGCAAUAAUCUCCUUGCCCCUCGAGCAGCUUUGCUGUACUACGUUGUUUCACUGUUGCAUGUUGUAAGCGGGUACUUCACGGUUUUUGCUACUCGGGCUUCCACUCUAGAGAUGAACAAGCACUGUUAGAUCAUUAGUUGUUCAGACCUCUGUCUUUCACUGUUACUGAACUAGUUAUCGUUGAGAAUGUUGACUUGAAACACACCGGUGAUAAUUUUUCCUGUGAUUAUAUGCAUGGUGUGACUUAGCUUUACAUGUAGUCAGGACCAAUAUACGAAGUUCUUCAGUGUG